AUGUCGGGCUGGGACUUGGAUCAAGAUGAUAUCCGAAUCCUGGACAUAUGGCUCUCCAUUAGACCCCAGAACGAGGCCGACAUUGGCCACCCUUCCUCCUCACCUACCAUCGACGCUGCAGCUGACACCCUCCUCACAUAUCUCGCGUCCCCGCCCGGAGCAUACGCCGAGGAGUUUGACGACUUUAGCAACCGCUUUUGGAGUCUCAUUAACGCCCUCAUCGAGUUUUGCCUUCUCCAUCCUCGCUUCAUGGACUGGGGCAUCACAGUUCUGUACCGGGUGAUAGCAAAAGUACCAACUGAUGCUGCCGGCGAACUUGGCGAAGGGCCAGAAGGGGCACGACUGGACCUCGAACGAUUCUUGGGGACUUACUUGAAUCUCUACAACGAUGGAACGAGGCCUCAAGUAGGCACCAAGCCGAAGGACAGUCCCGAUGCGAAGGAUCCAUUCACGGUGCAGUUCUCGGCAGAAGAAGUAGAAGCUCGCGCCGAUGAUGUGGUGCAGAAGAUGGCGAACUUAAGGAAGAGCAGGUGGAAGACGAUGAUGGUCCAGUGUUUCGCGGCACGCUGUCAUGUUCUCGAGACGGUGGCGCAUUCAUAUAAGGAAGCAUUGGUCAGGCGGCUACUGGAAUUCCUAGGUAUCCAACUGGAUGUGGCACACCGUGAAUGGAACAGGGUCGACUGUAUUGGUCUUCUGACUAUGCUUAGAGGGUCCUCUUCUUACCUCUUGUCUACUUUUCCGGCCGAGGAGCGAGAGCAGAAGAAGCAGGAGUGGGUAAAGGGCCUGACCAGUCUGCUUUCAACGAGCCACGAGGGAAGAGAACCAGAGGACAAGGCUGAUGAUAUUCGAGUUAAAUCUCACGCAGCGCUGGCGCUGGAAAACCUCAGAGCUGGGGGGCUCAACGAACCCAGUGCGGAUCUUUUUGAUGUUCGAUAUUGGAUGUUUUAG